GUUGUCCCAAAGCUGCACUGAUUGCAAUUACUUUCCACAGUUCCUGGACCAAAGAUGUCCAAGUUCUGGGCAGUUUUCCUCCUCUGUGGCCUGCUGACCCCUUCACAAGGACUUCUUGGAAACAUCCCCUUGGUUUCCAGGUUGGAUAAAGAUGUGGUAGAAAAUGCUAUUACAGGGUCACUUACCAAAGGUGACUUUCUCCAAGGGCUCCUGGGCAGUCUCGUUGGCGGGAAUCAGCUCAGCAGUCUCAUUGGUGGCCUCCUUGGCGGAGAUGGCCUCCUUGGCGGAGGUGGCCUCCUUGGCGGAGAUGGCCUCCUUGGCGGUGGCCUCCUUGGCGGAGAUGGUCUUCUUGGCGGAGAUGGUCUUCUUGGCGGUGCCCUUGGCGGAGAUGGUCUUCUUGGUGGAGGUCUUCUUGGCAAGCAAGGUCUGCUGGGUGCAGUGCAAGGGCUCACAGGGCUGAAAAUCGUGAACAUUACCCUUCCCAAAAUCACUCUGCGCUUCCUGCCGGGGAUCGGGCUCCAGCUGAAUCUCUACACCCAGCUCACGAUAGACGGUGGCUCUGCUGCAGGUGGGCUGCUUCGCGUUCAGGUCGAAGCAAACAUAAUGGCAAGAGCUAGGCUGGUUCAGGAUGCAUCGGGGGCGCUGAAGCUGGUCAUCGAGGACUGCAGGACUCUUCUGGGAGACAUCAACAUCCGCGUGGGACCCAAACUGCCAGUUCUGGAUAAAGCUUUAAAAGGUGUCCUUGGUAGCGUCCUGCCUAAACUGCUGUGUCCUGUCGUCGACACUGCGCUUGGCGUUGUGAACACGCUGCUCGGCACUGUCACUUCUGUGCUCCCACUCGGAGCUCUGGGAAAUCUCCAGUACACGCUAGGGUCCCUUCCCAUCGUCGGCAACAAAUCCAUCCAGCUGGAUUUAAACCUCCUUGUCCGGGACGCCGAGGGCAACGUGGUCCACCAGGGCCUGGGACAAGUGGUGCGGAGCACCGGCGCCCCGGUCGUGUCCCUGCAGAACGGGAAGGCGACCGCCCGCGUCGGCGCCUCCAUCGCCGUGCUCGCCCAGCAACCCGGCUCCCCGCCGCAGCCCCUCUUCACCCUCGACGCGGACAUCAAUCUGAAUGUUGCUGCAUCUAUCUCAGGCAACAAACUACAAACCACCUUGGCUGUUGACAGCGUCACCCUGAGACUGGCAGGUUCGAGAAUUGGCAAUAUCAAUGUCUCCCUUCUUGAAAGAUGGGUGAAGGACGUCCUUGAGGCCGCUUAUCUACCUGCGAUUAACAACGCUGUCAGAGUGGGGAUCCCUCUGCCUAACCUCUUCAACGCGAACUUCGAGGGUGCUGAUGUUGAUGUCGUUGAUAAUGCUUUCAUGAUCUCUCAGACCCGCAGAACGUCCUAAAAAGAGCCUGUUUCAGAGGAACCUCCACCCUGCUCCUUGGAUGAGGCAGAGAAUUCACUGCAAAGAAUCUCGGCUGUCUUUAUUUUCUCUUGGGUGUUGUCCUGUGUUAGCACCAUGGCCUGAGGGAGAAGGUGAUUCAGUUUCUGGUCAACGAGCUCUGUUGUAGACUAGCAGUGGGGUUUGGAAAAGUUGCUUAGCAGAUUCAGAUCUAAGAGGGGGGAUUUUCUGUGGCCUCUUUUAACUUGGUAAGUUUGGAGCCCGAGCUCAUUUUUAGAUAUAAAGGAUGUUGCUCUUGAA